GGGAAUUCUCCGUUAUAACUAAGAAUAAUCAGCACAUACUUAGACUGACACUAUUAGAGCUAGAUUGGCAUUGUGUUUCUGUAGAUGCCGAAGUUUGCUUUUGGCAGUGGCACAGAGGGAAACAAAUUCAGAUUUUACAAAGGGGCCAAAUGCUUCCAACAGCCCGACAGUUAUGUUCAAUUCCAGCCCAAUACUGGCAAUAAUUACAGUAGCAAUUGCCCUUCAGACGGGCAUUUUUACGUUCUGAUACGCUUGCUAGAACGUCGCCAACGUUUGGAAAACUUCGGAAAUAUCCCCGUUGAUGAAUCAGAGUGCAUUAAUCUUACAGUUGGCACCGAUUCCUUCACAGUUUCAAAGCACUAUUUAAUGUCCCUCUCUCCUGUCUUUCAAAAAAUGUUUAAAAACAAUGAACAGGACGAGCAGGAAGGGGAACAUAAGAAAGAAGAACAUCAACAAAAAGAGGUUUUGGUGGAUGAAGCGAGUCCUGAAGCAAUGAAACAAUUUUUGGAAGCUAUUUCACCCAAGCAAGUACAUCCAAAUCCCAACAACGUCUAUCAACUCCUCAAACUUGCAAACCGAUUCCAAGUCGAUUUUCUUCGAAAAAAAUGUGAGGCUCAUUUAAUCCAUUGUGUUGAGAUGCCUCUAAUGGAAAGACUAAUUUAUGCAGAUGCUUAUCAUUUGGAUAAGUUGAAGAAUUAUAUCCUCAAAAGUUUGAGUGGUGCAGGUCUAAGAGAAUUUUACGAUGAGAAUCAAUCAGCAAUGCAUUUGUUGGGCAUGGAGUUGUUAAUUCAACUGACACAAAGGAUAUGUUCAAGUGUAAAAAGGAUGGAACGGAUCUCUCUCUGCCAGAAUUGUCAGAAGAAUGUGGUUCGAGAAUGA